CGAAGAAGAAGCGCAUGGAGCACUUUCAGAUCGUGGAAAUGGCGCUAUGCGUUGUAGGAGCCUGAAGCCAGAGGCAGCAUCUCGUGCUUGUCAGUCAAUUGAAGCGCCCACGGGGCUCUACGCUUGAUCUGUACUUUGAAGAGCAGCGGAUUAUGACAGAGGAGAAACGGGAUCGGGAGAUUCGUCAGGAAACAACCACCCAACACCCGAGGCUCUGAUCCAGCCUCCUCAUCCGCGGACAGUGAACAAUGCAUGACCUGACUGCCCAAGUCACCAGCAGCCUGCUGCCGUUCCCAGAAGUUACUAAAGAUGCUCUAGGGGAGGAUGAGAUCACUCUAGACCCUGGGCUACAUGGGACGUUCACUGUUGGCCGCAGCGGGUUGGCCUGGCUGGCCUGUGGCGCCCAUUUGGAGGUUGUCCACGCUGUUACAGGAGAACGUCUGUCUGCGUAUUGCUUCAGUAGUGGAGGCGAGCACCCACCCAGUGUGCACGCAGCCAGGGACUUCAGCUGGCUCAAACGGUCUGGAUUACUGGUUGGCUUGGAGGAAGCAGAGGGCAGCGUGCUAUGUCUUUAUGACUUGGGACUGUCCAGGGUGGUUAAAGCUGUGGUUAUACCAGGCACGAUUACAGCUAUUGAGCCGUUAGUGAGUUAUGGCGGAGCGAGCACUUCGACCCAGCAUCUUCACCAGAGUCUACGCUGGUUCUUUGGCAUUGCUGCCGUAGUAACCGAUCUUGGUCAUGUUCUGCUCGUGGACCUCUGUCUCGAUGACUUGUCCUGCAGCCAAAGUGAACUGGAGUCUUCAGAUCUGCAGGUAGUGACAAAAUCUCCUGCUGAGAUCCCCCGGCUGAGAGAAGUCAGUACUAGGCAGGGCAGACAUCUUUGUCUCCAGCUCAAUGGGCCCAGUGGAGUUGGAGCCACAGCUCUGCAGUAUAUCUCCAGGACCAACCAGCUGGCAGUGGGAUUUUCAGAUGGACACUUACAGCUGUGGAACAUGAAAACUCUAAAGAAAGAAUACCACUCCCAGUUAGAGGGUGGCAGGGUGCCUGUGCAUGCCUUCACCUUUCAGGAGCCAGAAAAUGACCCCAGGAACUGUUGCUACCUCUGGGCUGUCCAGUCUUCCCAGGACCUUGAUGGAGAUAUGGUCAGCCUCCACCUGCUUCAGAUGGCCUUCAGUGAAAGGAAGUGUCUAUCUUCUGGGAAGAUCCUCUAUGAGGGUCUGGAGUACUGCGAGGAACGGUACAGCCAGGAGUUAAGUGGCACAGCCUUCCCUCUCAGGACCCAGGCCACCAACACCCGCCUGCUGAGUUGCCAGACCAUCGAGAAGUUCCGACACCACCCUGACAGGGAUGACAGCAUGAACGAAGUUGCGUCUCCGGACACCAGUGUGUCUAUCUUCAGCUGGCAAGUCAAGGCCUACGGUCAGGGAACCCUCUCUACCUACAUCGGGGUUUUUGACAUCAACCGUUGGUACCACGCACAGAUGCCAGACUCUUUGAGAACGGGAGAGUCUCUGCAAAACUGCCCCUACCUGGCAGUUUGGUCUCUGGACACAGUGGUGCAAAUGGUUUCUCAACAUGUCCUUCUGGAUGUGGUGGUGCACGACCGCAGCCUGAGCAGAGGCCUGCCCUUCACCUGCCCCCCACCAGAACAGUACUUUAACCCCACCACAUAUAACUUUGAUGCUUCGUGCCUGCUCAACUCUGGAAUUGUGCACUUAACCUGCUCUGGGUAUCAGAAAGAGACUCUGAGCUUUUUGAAGAAAGCUGCUCCUUGUUCCAGUGACAUCAUCUCCAGUAGCUACUCUCGAUGCCUCAUGUCCGGCCUACUCUCAUCUCGCCUGGCUGACACUCAGGCUUCCAGCCUCUCUCAGGAGGAGCAGCUGGAUGCCAUCUUGUCGACAGCGGUGGAGACGAGUUCCUUGGGAAUGAUCACUGGCUGUAUCAAGCAGUGGACUGCAGAAGAACAACCAGGCUCUGCACUGAACCUGCGCUACAUUCUGGAUUGGGCCUGGAACAAAGUGGUUCAGACCAAGGAGGAGCUGGAUGGCAUCUGUGCACCGCUGUUUGACAGCUCAUCCAACUUUACAGACCCUCAGACCAUGCAGCUGCUACAGCACAGCCAGAGACUGCUCAGUAACUUCAGCACCAUCUUCCACUGUCUGCUCAGUGAAGCCCAGGAGCUCACACAAAAAGGCCUGGUGGGUCUGAUGAACAAGAACAUUGUGUCCAGUCUGAUUUCAAAGUACGCUCAGGUGGUGCUCUGGUUCUGUCGUACCGGUCUGCUGCCUGAAGGAUCAGACGAAGACGCUCUCCAGAUCUCCAGGCCUUUCUACAGUCACUCAGUCAUCAGCAACUAUUACACUAUACGCAGAGAGGAGCUCACCAGGCUGGCUAAGGGCAAGUGGUGUGCAGACUGCCUGAUGAUUGAUGGUUUGGUUGGCCAGUGUGGUGAACGCUUGACCAACCUGUGGAAGAGGGAUGAGGGUGGGACGGGGCAAUACCCACCACCUACAUUGCACGCCCUGUUGGACAUUUAUCUACUGGACAAUAUUGAUGAAGCUGCUAAACAUGCAAUUGUGAUUUACCUGUUGCUCGAUGUCAUGUACUCCUUCCCCAAUAAGGAGGGAGCAUCAGUGGAGUCUUUCCCCCCAGCUUUUGCAAUUCCUAUUGGACUUGUGAAACUAGUACAAGGCCUCUGGCUGCUGGACCAUCGUGACCACCAGAGUUCAUUCGAGUUGCUCCUGCAUCCAGCUGCCUCUCAGUGUCAGUUCGAGUGGCAGCACGAGCGCGUCCUACAAGCACUGAUGUGCCAGGGCCAACACUCAGUGGCACUACGAUACUUCCACGUUACGAGGCCCCCAAUUCCCUCCACCUCCCAGGCCAAACUCUGUUUGUCUGUACUGCUACACAACAGGUGUCUCGUAGAGGCGUGGUCCCUACUACGGCAGCACUCAAGUCGCCUCAACAUGGGAGAGCUGCUGGGCUUCCUGUAUGAGAGCUGCCAGGAGCUGGGCCUCAUCAAGGAGCUGCUUAAACUGCCCCUGGGCCUCACUGAGCAGGAGAGUUUGGAGAAGUUUCUCCAGGGUACAGGCGGUCUCCAGAACAGAGAACUACUGAUGGUUCAUUACCUUCAGCAGGCCAACUACAUUCCUGCCUUGCAGCUCAACCAAAGCCUCAAAAUGAACCUGGUGAAUGAGCGAGACCCAAAGCUUAAAGAACGGUCGAACACCAGGAACUCGAUAUUGGAUCAAUAUGGCAAGGUUUUGCCCCGAGUCCAGAGAAAACUGGCAAUGGAAAGAGCAAAGCCCUACCAGCAUCCCCAUGCUGUCCACAGAGAAGUUUCUCGGCCACAGCCACUGUCGACCAUCACCAAACGCUCCGUCAGUGAGAAGGUGAUGUCGAGGGCCGGCUUCAUCAACAAUGUCCUGACCAAGAUUGAGGAGGUGUGGUUAGGCAAAGGGUCUACACCACAGUCCUCCCCAGCCAAGAGCCCCUGGGCAGCUGAUGUUCAGAGCCCCAAGUCGUCCUCCUUGGCCCUCUCGGACCCGUUCCUGGGAACUCCCAUCACCAUGACCUCCAAACGAAAGUCAAGGCUGAUGGACUUGGUGGUUCACCCCUCCUGUCAGACCCCUCGGCCUCUUCUCAGCCCUCCCAGACCUCCCAGCAGCUGGGUUUCUCCAAAGAGCAUCAGCAAGGCCCCUGAACUCAGUCUGCUGCAAACACCACAGGUUGUCAAGCGAGCUCGGGCCUUGGCUGCUUCUGGCCCUGUGUUCUCAGCCUUCACUCCCCAGUCCAUCCUGCGCAGCAGCCUGAGGCCCACACCCGUCGCCACCCCGUCUGCUUCUCCAGGACGCUCCAUCACCCCCCCACUCCGCAGCAAAGAGAGCCGGAUCACCUUCAUCGAAGAGGCAGAAUCUCCUGAACUGGAGAAAGGCAUCCGAUGGACCAAUGGGAUGGCAGCAGACAGUGAGAUUAGCCUGCUGACCAGAGGCCCCAUGCUAUCCAAGGCUACACAUAAGACCUGGUCCUCACAGCUUGCUGAGGAGGAAGAGAAUGGAGACGAGGAAGAGGAACGGCCUUGUGUGAAGUCUCUGCCUCCAGAAGGUGGUGUUCCCUCCCCACAGCUGAGAUCCUUUGAGAGCGAGUCAUCCUCCUUCCAUGAAGCCGCUGCAGAAACACAACCGUCAGAUGCAACGCAAACACAACUUAGCCUGAGCUUUGACACCAGCCAGAUAUCUGUUCGUUCAACAGACACCACUCUAGAGUAUUAUGAUGCACCUCUUCCUGGUCUCUCAGAGGACCAGGAAGUAGAAGAGGGGCAUAAAGAUACAGAGAAUGAAGAGGAGGUAGUGACGGUGAACAUCGAAGGCCUAACUGAAAAUAAAGAACCAGAGGAAAAGACCUCACCAACCACUGAUCAAACCCCUCUCCUGACAUCGGAGGAUAUUGAGAGGGGAGAAGAGGAGGUGAAGGAAGAUGAAACAUUUGAGGAUGUGAUGGAGAUUGGUCUUGAAGAGGAGACUAAAAUCGAAGAAGUUCAGUCCAAAGAACUGGAUGAACAGGAUGUUGAGUCCAUUAGUGAGAAUGAAGAGUCUGCAACUCCUUACCAAGUGGAGAUUUCUGAUCCCAAUCAAGUUUGUAACCAGGUAACUGAGAGCCCGAACUCUGGCGCUGAGGUCGAAUCUCCCGAUCUACCAGUGGGACAAGAUGUCCAGACAGAAGCCACUGAAUCCACAGAGUUCACUGAGUAUCUGAAACCAUCUGCAGCCACAGAACCCACAAACGAACCAGAAGAGGAACUGGAGCAAUCAACAGAUCUGACAGAGUUUGUGCAGAGACAUCUGUUUGGCAGUGAUCUUCCUCUUGUUCGCUCAGGAAUCCACAACGCAUCACUGACCCAGACAUCCUUCAACAGUGAGUCACUGGGUGAGGUUGAAGAGGAGGUGCAGGCCGAUACUGAAGUUCCGCCAGUGCUCACCAGCCAAAUAUCUACUGCGUCCUUGACAUCCUCCGAGCCAACUGGCACAGACUCUCACUCCGUUGUGAGUGUUAACGAUAGCGAAGAGCUUUCUAGUCCUGUGUCGGAGGAAGAAGAAGAAGAAGAAGAAGAGGAGGAGGAGGAGGAAGAAGAGGAGGAGGAUUCUGAUCAAGCUGAGGAGGAAGAGGAGGAGGAGGAGGAGGAGGACUCUGGUAGUGAGGUGGAGAUCAUUGAUGAGGUCCAGGGUAAUGGGAGGCUUCCACCCCUCCAACCCAGUUCAGUCUUUGAACAGCAGGGACACACUCACUUCCUGCCAAGUCUGUCAGAGCAGGAGGCUGCUGAGUUCUCUCUGAUUACACCCGGUGCAGAGAUGAAGAUGGUAGAGGAGGACAUGGAGGGUGAGGUGGUGAUGGUGAGACUCGGGGCAGAUGAAGAAGGGAUGGAGGCAGAUGAGGAUGAAGAGCAAGGAUCAUCAUACAUGGAGCUCAAACCCUCUACUACUCUACUGGUACCCCUGGAGCUUGUGGAGGGGCAGGCUGGCCUGGUCGAUAGUUCUCAGCUGGGCCUCCCUGAGCUUCAGCCAACCAUUGUGCCAGAUGACCCAAGGUCUGAACCUCACAGCGGCUUCUCCCUGAUGCUGGAUAUGGACGAGGAAAGGGAUGAAGAGGCAGACACACUGCCAAUGGAGAAUGAUCUGCAGUCCUCCGACCCUCCAACCCUGUCUCCAGCAGUGGAGGCUAUUGACAAAUUUGUGGCCAAACCUGUGGUUAUUAUUUUGAGCACAGAUGAUCAAGAUCCUCCUUCGUCUGGAGAAGUCUCGGAAGAGGACCAGAGUGAACACAUGGGCACCUUUGAUGGAAUUGAGGAAGAAGGACUGACAGAGCCAGAACCUGAAAACACUGAUGCAAACCACGAGGCAGAAGAUGUUAAAGAACAGACUGAUGCAGAGUUUGCAAUGUUGGUUGAAGUACAUGAACCUGCCGGUCUCUCAGUCAUUGGGCCAAAUCCAGAAGGAGAAGUCCCAGCAGUAAUGUUGGCCGACGAUCAUGAACCUGAAGGUCUGUCCCUGUCCGGACCAAGUCCAGUGGGAGAAGUCCCCCCUCCAACCCUGUCUCCAGCAGUGGAGGCUAUAGACACAUUUUUGGCCAAACCUGUGAUUAUUAUUUUGACCACAGAUGAUCAAGAUCCUCCUUCGUCUGGAGAAGUCUCUGAAGCGGACCAGAGGGAAGACAUGGACACCUUUGAUGGAAUUGAGGAAGAAGGACUGACAGAGCCAGAACCUACAACACUUGCUGACAAACAAACUGAAAACACUGAUGCAAACCACGAGGCAGAAGAUGUUAAAGAACAGACUGAUGCAGAGUUUGCAACGUUGGUUGAAGUACAUGAGCCUGUAGGUCUCUCAGUCUCUGGGCCAAAUCCAGAAGAAGUCCCAGCAGUAAUGUUGGCCGACGAUCAUGAACCUGAAGGUCUGUCCCUGUCCGGACCAAGUCCAGUGGGAGAGGUCCCCCCUCCAACCCUGUCUCCAGCAGUGGAGGCUAUCGACAAAUGUUUGGCCAAACCUGUGAUUAUUAUUUUGAGCACGGAUGAUCAAGAUCCUCCUUCGUCUGGAGAAGUCUCUGAAGAGGACCCAGCAGUAACGUCGGCUGAGGAUCAUGAAACUGAAAGUUUUUCGGACUCUGGACCAAAUCCAGAGGAAGAACUCCAAGAUGUUUUGGAUGACAAAGACGCUUCGUCAGAAAAGGAUGCUGCUGAGGAGGAGAAGACAGGAGUUGAGGAGGACAAACCAACACCUGCUGUGGAUGAUGAAGAGAAUGGGAAUGUUAAUAUGGACACCGAUAUAACCCCCAGCACAGAGGUGGCAACUGUCGUGGAGGAGAAGCAGCAGGACCACAAAGCCUUAUCAGAGACAGAAGAGGAUAACGGGGAGGAAAUAAAGAUGGAGAAUGAAACAAGAAGAAGGACCAGGGGAAGACCGAGUAAAGAUAACAAUGUUAAAGAGGAGACACCUGUGAAGCAGGUUAGACUGAAAGAGGAAGAGCCUGUUCCAGAGACGACCACCUCUCAGAGGAAAAAGAAAGCGCCUUCCACCCCAACACGGAGGACCACGAGAGCGAGGGCAGUUACCUUUAUCUCUCCCCUCCCGGAGGAAGCAGAGGAGCCAGAGGAGGAUAGGAAAGUGGAGGAGAUGGAAACAAGCACCCUCUUACCUGCCUCGCCUAGUCGUACACCUAGAAAGAGUAAACAGAACAAAGAGACAAAGGUCCAAGCUAGCACACCUCGAAGAAGCACUCGCAAUGCUCAGCUGGAGCCUCCGAAUUACAAGGUUGAAGACGGGGACGCCAUGGAUAAUGACUUCACAGCUGCAUCGACCUCCACGGCUUCUUCUCCAGCCAGAAGGCGAGGUUCCCAGAGGGCCACUUCAACAAAGACCAGUCAAAGGACUGAGAGCGAAGAUGAUGAGGAACAAGAGGAUAAGGUCAAAGAUACAAAAGUUUCUCGACGAACAAGCUCCAAGACUCCGACACCGGCCAAACGCAGGACCACCCAGGGAAACACUCCGAGGAGGUCUAGCAGAAGAACAUUGAGCAGCAGUGAGGUGGUGCCAACACCAUUGGAGAUCUUGGAAGAAGAGAAGGAACAGGUGGAGGUCUUUGCUACCCCUGUCAAACGCAACUCCAGGAAAAGUAAGACAGAAACAUCAGCGACGAAGCCAGCGCUGCUAGAGGAGGAACAGAGCAAAAGACCUUCCAGCCCCGGCAGGGCAUCUCAACAAUCAAACCGGAUUACCCUAAAUGUUUAUCCACAAGUGAAACUGGUUCCUGUAUUACUUCCUCAGAGUGCAAGGAAGACAAGAGGGGAGACUAUAACUGAAAAUAUAAAAGAAAGUGGAGAUCUACUUGAACCAGAACUCAACAGCACCAACUCCCGCCGACCAACUAGAAGCAAACUCUGGGAUCACCCAGAGGAAGACCUUCCCUUACUGGACUCACCGUUGGAGGUGGAUUCUGAAACGCCUGUUGCAGACGCCCUCAUCAAGAGACUUCAGGAUGAGGAAGAAAAAGAGGAAGGAGGAAUAGUCGUCACAAAGAUGGUAAGAACAAGUAAGAGGAGUACGAAGUCGUCAGUGGAGCAGGUUCACUCGCUACUUCCUUUGAAAGACACCCUGGUCCCUGAACCCGAAGAGACUAGUCCAGGAGAGCAUUCAUUCAUCUACUCCCCCUCACGAAGAAAAACAAGAGCUAAAAGAGCAGAGUCUCCCGGCCCGAGCGAAGGGUCUGCAGCGCCUGUCACUCGCAGCAGGAGAAGAGUUGUCAAAGAUACCUCUGAUGCUCAUCAUGAUGAAAUUGCUUCAGAGGAAGAUCUUGUGGAAGCGGAGAAAGCUGUUUCUAAGACCAGAAAAGCAGGCAAAAGAACAGCAAAACCCAAAGCAGUUUUGGAGCCACCUCCCAUAGCAGAGGUGGACCUGAUCUCCCCUCUGCCCAGCCCAGCCGACCAGCUCCCGCGAGCACUGAAGAGGAUUUUAGAUGGAGAGGCCCCGACCUCCAACAUGAACCUUCGACGCAAACGCAUAAUGGACACGGUUUUCACAAAACCCGUCACGCGGAGGAAGAAACUUUAAGGAGGUUGGUGGUGGUUUUAAACAGCGAACCUCAGACAGCCACCAGACGAUUUGAACCAACUCGGUCCGGAGCUGUCAAAUAAAAGUGUAUGCCUAAACUCAUGAUGGUUCAAUUUCCUCAAAUGCCUCACAGGGCUGUGGUUUUCUAUGUUUAUUUACUUCUCUGCAGGACAAUAACACAAAAGCAAUGUAGGCAUGGAAAUCAAUAUUUUAGGACAAAACAUACCCGUGGAUAGCAGUGUGAGCGAGGCAUAUAUUUUUGGAGUUUACACAUACCGCUUUGUACUAACUGGAUUCACUUGAUAUCGUAUCUGUGGCCGUUCUGUGUUGGACAUUCUGCAACGCUCCUCGUAAUCCGCUUAAUUCUCUGGACACAGAAUGGCACAAGGUAAAGCAAUCAAUGUGUUUUUAAGAAGCUCCCAUGAAUACAACCAGAGAGACUGAACUGAACCUGACUCUGAUGAAGAGGUUUUAUUCACAUUCUUUUAUUUUUUGUCUUUAGAUUUUUUUUUUUUUUUAUGUCAUUGUUUACUUUUUAGAUUUCGAUGACUGCUGAUUUUCUAUUUAAGAAGAAAAGCAACCAACCCAGUGGAGACAAAAGAUUUCUACUGAUACAUUUGUAUAUAGUCUUUUGCUAUGUUCCAAAUAAAGUUAAUACAUAAAUCCUUAAGAAUUACGCUUAUUUUGAAAUUUUAAGAGUGUUUAAUGCGUUUCAUCAUCUAUUUAGACUGCCUAUGCCAUAGUCUUAAUAUUUCAGUCGAUUUGGGUGAUUUUUCUGUGAAAGAAGCAGGAACCGAUUUGUACACUAAUCAGAUUUGGAGUGUUUCUGUAUGUUUGAGGAUGUUGUAUAGUGUGAAAGAAACAAAAAAACUUGCACAGCGGUUUGAAGUUGUUAAAAUUGUUCGGGACAUGUUAAUAGGCUUGUUUAAUUAAAUUAAUGUCAACCACCAUCUGACACAUAGGCUAUUUUCUGAUGAAUGUACGUAGAAUGUCUUUAUUUUUGAUGACUGCUCUUUGAUAAAUAUGGUAAAGCGUGAAUA